CAGGGACCAGGAACUUCAUUAAAUUACCAGAGUUUCAUUUAGUUUAGAAGUGCCUUGCAAAUAGUUUGUGAAAGUAUUUUAUGAUUGUAUGAAUGCCGCCAAAACUUGAAAGAGUUAUUAGAAAAUAAUGUCCCUCGAAGUAGAAAAUUUGAGAAGAAGGCUUGAAGAGCAGAUAGAAGUGUUGAAACACUUCCCAAAUGGACCAAGUUACAGAAGUAUACGCAAAAAUCUUGCAAAAAUAUAUUUGGAAUCUGAUAAAGAGAUCGAAGGAGUAUUUAAUCUGGUUGAAUCACAUGCAGUUUCACUUCGCACAAGAACACAUUUCCGAUAUAACCAAGCCAGGUUCAGUGAAAAGGAGUCCAAUUUCGGUUUCGAUGGGUCGUUGGUUCAGCAUGGAGGUGAAUAUGAUUCUAAAGGAGUGCCUGCUAUGUUAGAAAGGCUAUAUAAACUGCCUGAAGAGUGGAGUCUGGUGCAACUGACAUUUGCGUAUGACCCAUCAUGGCGAUUUGCAUUUUCGACCCACCCAUUCAAGCGUCUAAAUCCUCCAGCACUACACAUCACAAGAUUUGAAUGUGGUAAGCAUGCAAGGAAGCAUCCCCCAUAUUGUGUCACAAUACCAAUCAAGCAGAAAUUCCGGACUUUGGAGGCAGAGUUACGCACCAUCGUUGAUGACCACCAGAAUCAUCUCAAUUGGGGGCGUCUUACCAGUGAGCAGUAUUACAGACUUAAAGGAAUUCUGGACAUGAGGAUGAAGAAUGUGGUAAUGAGGCUACAGAAUGAUUGGCUAGGACACUGGAUUAGUCUCCUGAUCGGUCACUACACUGAGCCUCAAAAUGAGGAAAGAGUUACCUCAUUUGUUGACCAAUUGCUAGAGCAGUAUGUGGAGGGUGGAGAUGUCUCGCUACACAAAACAAAGCAUACAGUGACAACCCGGUCCAGAAGGAAGAUGUAUUUUCUUGCAAAGGCAUCAGCUUUCUUGCUAGAGUGGCAACUGCGAAGAGGUGUGGCGGACUGUCUGGAGAUACCUAUUGCUGCAACCAAGGACAUAGCACGACAACUUAGUAAACUUCAUGAUGCUGUGCAACUCCAGACUGCUAGGAGGCAUCCAGUCAUCCUAAUUUUAGAUGAGGAGCUGGAGUUGUUCCCAUGGGAAAUGCUGAACAUACUUCAGGACCAUCCUGUGUGCAGAGUACCAAAUCUACACAUGCUAUAUGCCCUUUACAAAGCCCAUGAAAGAAAUAUCUCAAGGGGCAGAUUUGAAGUGGAUGCAUCAUCUGGCUACUAUAUUGUAAAUCCAGAGCAGAAUUUGCCUCGCAAUGAGAAGCGCCUUCGUCCUUUCCUCACUUCACGAGCUCCCAGUUGGAAUGGUACAUUCGGUGUUGCACCAUCUUCUGAACAGUUCAGAGAUGUGCUUCAGAACUACAACAUAUUUAUCUAUGCUGGACAUGGAUCAGGCUCGCAGUUCCUGCAGGGAGAUGAAAUCCAGAAGCUCAAUGUACAAGCUGUGACCUUCUUGUUUGGGUGUUCAAGUGUCACCAGCAAGGAUCUGGGGGGACGAAUAGAGCCUGCUGGAAUGUGGCACUUCUAUCACAUUGCAAGUUGUCCCAUGGUGAUUGGCAAUCUGUGGGCUGUCACAGAUGCUGCAUCAGAUGCCAUCACAGUACACACACUACAUAACUGGCUGCCAAGGACACAGGAUAUGGUGAUAGAUGAAGAGCAGGAGAGGAUGCCACUGAAACCAUGUUAUGUUAAGGACCCAGAUGCCCCAGAACUAUGGCGUCCAAAUGGCUACAGAUGGAAGCAUGAACCUGACUUGCUAUCUGCCAUACGCCGCAGUCACACUGCUAAUAAACAUUAUAUGGCAUCGGCUGCUCUGGCGGCCAGAGGGCUUCCAGUUGUAAUCAGAGGCCAGGUCGACAAAGACAUACCAGCAAAAUCACUAGGCUCAAGUCAACUGUUCAACAAACAUCUGGUCAUUGUCUGGCCUUCAAAGAUAUCCACAAAAGCAGUUCUUCAUUAUAGUGGGUGUUACCAACUGCCAGGCUUCUGCUGUGAAGUGAACUGGACACAAUGCACCCAGAUUCUUCACAGUAUCCUAGACCAAUCCCCCAUCAUGGCUAUAGCCUUCUGAAUCAGCAGCUUUCUAUAGUGGCACUCUGAUGGUUCUGAGAAUGCUGUUCUUUUGUAAUCAGUAUAAUGAUCAACAAAAAACAACAUUUUGCAAUUUUUUGGCACUUGAUAUUUUAUUCAGUUAUAUGCCUGCUUUGCAGGGAGUGUUCUGGCAUUCUUGAAAUGUGUAUUUCCCUUUUCUCUCUCUCCCUCCCUAUUUCCCCAUCAAGAUCUGCGUUCUCCUACACAUCCCUCAUAAAACAGACCUUUCUAACCCCACUUGCAGCCCAUUCCAGUGAAGUGCUUAGACAGACUUGGAAGGUGGGAGACAUGUGGGUGGGAAUGUCUGGUUCUCCCCAGCUCCCCACAUGCUGUGUAUGUAUUUCUCUGCCUUUGUAAAACAUCUUAUGAACCUAGGCUGUAGUGGAAAUUAUGUUUAAGUGAAAAAUAUGUACAGAUUAACAUGCUUUGUUGCAGUGAAAAUUUGUAAGUCUUUAAAAUGAGGGAUACCUGCAUUUGUUUUGUUUAUUUUGCAACUGCAAGAAACAGAGAAAAGAAAGCUAGAGUAAUUUUGAUAUAGAUUGUCUUUUAAUUUUGCAUUGAUAUUUCAACAGGCUGUGUUAGUGUGCUAGUAAAAAUUCAUGUCACAGAUAUGGAACCAUAAAUACACUGUCAUAUGAGGAACUUAUCAAUGGGAAUACACUACAGUGGAACGCCCAUGUAACAUUUCUUGAUUUAAGGUUUUAACGUUUAAUUUCAAUGAUUUCAAGUUAGUAAUCCCAGUGUUAGAUCUCGUCUAUUUUAAAUAUUUAAUUUAGCACUCAAAUUCACUGAUCCCCAAAGAAACCUUAAAUUGAAGUUUCACUGUAACCAGUCGGUUAUGUCUGGCCAAAAUAAUAUAGGUCAAGGCCAAUUGAGUGGCAUCUCCCCAUUCCAUUUCAAGAGGAGAAAUUAACACAAUUAACUACACUCAGUUCUUGGUAAAACUACUUUCUUACUGCAGAUGUUCUACAUAUCUUGUAGGCUAUUAUGCAGAUGAUCAUAAAAUCAAAACCUAGCCAAGUUCAAUUUUUAUUACCUCCUUUCAUUUAACAUGCUUGCUGUUGCUGUCAUUGUUGUCAUGUUUUCUUUAUUUAGCAGAAAUUUAGGUGAACACAUUAUGCAUAGGUUAAAUCUGUCACACAUAAGCUUAAGAGUCUCAGUUAACUGCUUAUAUUUCAUGCUAGAUUUGUAAAUAUGUUUAUGAUUAUCUCCAUACCAAAUUUUUACAAAGAUUCAUUAGAUAUCAUCAAACGAAAAGCUAAAUACAGAUUUCAUAGUCUUCAUUUUGUUUUACAUACUACAAAACAAAAUUUGCCUCAACAAAAAUUCCAGUUGUUCAUUGACAUUUUACCAUACAUCACUUCAGGAUCCUAUAUUAAAUAACAUCAGUGUCACUCCCACCUCACAAGUUUGUGUGUGAAGUGCACGGAAUUUGUAAGAUUUCUA